UGACACAUCACUUGGGCACAAAAAGUUUGGCUCUUUUAAGAGAGGAAAUGGUAAAUUUAACUAUUCUAAACAUCAACUCUUAAUACAAUAUUAUCAUCUUCAAUAUGUAACUUAAAUUUAUUUUUAGACAGCGGAGGAUGGUGAAACACCUGAUCGCCUUAAGGUCUUUGAAAAGGCUUAUAGUGACGCAAAAAAAGAAACCAGUGGAUCCAAUUUCUGAGAUGAAGCUUGCUUCAGUGAAAAACCAUAAAGAGAAGCUUGCCCCUGAUUGUGAUAUUGUUAGUGAGCGAGACAAAAUAUUUGAGCUUGUUGUUGCAGAAGAUAAGCGUGGGUACAAGCGUACGUAUGGAAUUGGUGUGAAAAUGUCAACUAAAGGUAGCUCUAUGUACCACAACACUAAAGCAAUACAUAUGGUUGAAGAAGAAGUGAGGAAAAGAAAAGCCUUGGAAGAAGAAGUGGAGAUAGAAAAGCAAAAUAGGCUAGAAUUGGAGCAAGAAAUUUCGAUAGAAGCUGAUAAAAGAAAGGAGCUAGAACAUAUGUUAAGUGAAAUAAGGAAAAGGAAGCUUUGGAAGAAGAAAUGCAGACAUUGAAGAAAUUGGUUCUCCACAUGCAAUCUAAUCAAGGUAUGUUUUACCAUUUUUACUCCAUUAUUCAAAACAAAUAUAUAUAUUAUGAUGUUACUACUCUCUUUUGCCGCUCUUUUGCUACUAUUUUGAUUACACUAUUGUUGUUUCAAAUGUAAUUGAGUGUGUUAUUUCAAGUUGUUAAAUAGCUUGAAUUGUCAAUGUAUUGAGGUUUUUGGGUCAUAUUUGGUUGUCACAUUGCUGUAGUUUUGUGGGUUGAUUAGAGGUAGUUUUGUGGUGCUACUUAUGAGCUGUUUGUCGUGCGACUUAUGUUUACUCUCUUUUGCCGCUCUCUUAUAUGUAUAGCUUCUUUUUUUCUUUUUCUUUUUUUUUUUUUUUGGUAUUUACAGCUAAAACCCAGUGAUGAAUUAGAAUAUCCAAGCUUGAAGAUUGUUCAUGCAGGUGCAUAGAUCUUUUUUUGAAAUCAAGUAGUUGCGUUGUACAUUUGUUGAGAAAACUUUAUGCUAUUAUUGUACUUCUUAUAUCAUAAAUGGUGGUGGUGAUGAUGUAAAAACACUUUGUUUAUAUUAGUAUGCAUGCACCAACUUUUUGUACUAAAACUCUAUUAUGAGAACUUAUGGAUAAAUAGUAAAAAUAUUCCUUUUGUUCAAGUA